AUGGACAAGUACAGGAAAGUAAAAAUAGUUGGCAAAGGAAGCUUUGGCCACGCUGUCCUUGUGCAGAGUACAGUCGACAGAAAACUCUACAUCAUGAAGAUAAUAGACGUUUCAAGAAUGGAACGUAAGCAAAAAGAAGAAGCACUCAAUGAAGUCCAUGUGUUGAAAGCAAUGCGUCACCCAUAUAUUGUCACAUACCGUGAAAGUUUUAUGGACAAGCGAUGUCUCUGCAUCGUCAUGGAUUACGCUGAUGGUGGAGAUAUGUACAAUAAAAUAGCUAAACAGAAACAAUUAGGCAAAGGUUUCCCGGAAAAUCUAAUUCUUGAUUGGUUUGCAAAAAGAAAUAAAAUGGUGACGUUGGUGGGCAUUGAAACUCCAAUCGCUCCUAUAGAGAAGGUGGGACCUAUUUUGGUAAAGUUGGAAGCAGGACUUCUGCCCCUUUUUAAAGUAGGCUUCCUAGUUUGGGAAAUCUUGCCGAAGUGGUAAGUAUUAUUUUUCCUCAAAGGUUUUCCAGUCCCUACCAGAAGAGUUAGACAGAUUUUUUCUAUCAUAUGAUUUCCCUCAUCGGGGCCAUCAAUGCAGACUCCUGAAUGUGGCUCUGCAAUAGGAGCUGAUCCCUUGGGUAGGUAAUUCAGGUCGAAAAUCCAAAAUGGCAGUCUUUCGUAUUCCUCUAUCGAACUCUGAGAUUCAUGAAGAUUGGCUUUUUGUUACUGAGAGAUGAAGGCUAGCUUGCUAUCACACUUAUGGCCAGCAUAAUUUAUAACUUAGCUUAGCUUUUGGUUUGUGCAAAUCUGUCUUGCGAUUAAGCACAUCCAUGACAGAAAAAUCCUGCAUAGGGAUCUCAAGACCCAAAAUGUAUUUUUGACUUCGAAAGGAGAAAUAAAAAUCGGUGAUUUUGGGAUUUCAAGGGUUCUCCAGCACACUUAUGACUGUGCUCAAACAGCAAUUGGGACCCCUUAUUAUUUGUCUCCAGAAAUAUGUCAGGAAAAGCCUUAUAACCAAAAAUCUGAUAUAUGGAGUCUGGGGUGUAUUCUUUAUGAAAUUGUAACUUUAAGGCAUGCAUUUGAUGCGAGCUCUAUGAAAGGGCUUGUCGUUAAGAUUUUGCGAGGGACUUAUCCAUCAAUUCCUUCGUGCUAUUCUCAAAACCUUAGAGAUCUUAUCGAAGAAAUGCUUCAGAAAGAUCCUCACAAGCGCCCAUCAAUAAAGCGAAUAUUGGAAAAAGAAUUUUUAAGUUCAAGGAUUUCUCAGCUUUUAUCGCAGACGGUUGCCAAGCAUGAGUUUGGGAAAACCUUUUUGGCAAAAAACCUCCCACCAGUAGAAGGAAGAAAGUCCGAAGAGCUAAAAGAAGAGCUCAGCGCUCCCCCAUCGAGAGAAGGGUCUAAAGAAAAUGGAGAAGAAAGCAGGCCUCAUAGCUCUUAUGAAGACAAUAAGAGAGAAAGGAGACCAAGACCAAGAGCGCCUAAGGUUGAUGCAUUUGAAGAAGACAGCAAAGAAGUGUCUAAAGAUGAGUCUGGGUAUGAAGAUGUUGUUAAGUCGCUAAGGCAAGUCUUAGAGCCUGCUCGCCAAGAUGAUCCUGAAGACUGAGAAGAGCCAGAAUCACAAAGGGUAAGAGCCCAUUUCUUAACGCCCGAAGGCAAUCCAUUGCCUGGCAUAAGCGAAGGUGAUUCUGCGUUUGCUCGAAUUGAAGCCUUGAGAUGCUAUUUAGAAAACCAACUGGGAAUUGAAAAGUUCUUUCAAGCUUAUGGGUACUUAUCUGUAAAUGUUAUAUAGAAUCCUCCCCCUGAAGACGAAGAAAACCAGCAGCUGCAUGAGAUUUUGGGGCCAACCAACAUCAAGUUCAUCCCCCUUAUUUAUCAAAUGAUUGUUUGUGAAGAUUCUUAUUAUACUGCUCCUAAUGCUCAUUAA